AAAAAAAAUCCCUUCUGUCUUCGGCGUCGCCCCAUUUUCCGAUUCUCUCUUUUUUCCUGUUUCGCUCAAUCUCACCCAUUGUCGCGGUUCGGCUGGAACAGAAAAUCAGAUCUCCUUUUAGCUUCUCAAUUUGGAAUUUGGUUGGAACAUGGAUGGAGAAAUCCCCAACAUAAAGAGAUGGGUAGUUUUGUAUCCCGUCUAUAUUAAUUCAAAGAAGACAAUAGCUGAAGGAAGACGUAUCGGUGUUAGCAAAGCAUGUGAGAAUCCAACGUGUGCUGAGAUUGGUGAUUGCUGCAGUCAUCUCAAACUGCCCUUUGCUAUUGAGAUUGAUAAAGCUUAUCCUCGUGAUUUCAUGCAACGAGGGAGAGUGCGGGUUCUGCUGAAGAAGGAGGAUGGAACUCUGUCAAAUCCAGCUAUUCCUUCCAGAAAACAAAUGAUGCUUCGUAUAGCCGAACUUGUUCCUAGACAUCCUGGAAGGAUAAAGAAGCAGGAGCCUGCAUCAUCAUCAACUGCAGGACCUUCAAAAGGCAAGGGUGGAAGAAAGAAGAAAUAAUUACAUUAUGUAAUUGCAAGAACCAGAUUGUUAGCAACCAGGCAAGCAGUUUCAUAUUUAGGUCUUAUUUCUUAAUUCUUAUCAACCUUUGAGUAUUGGCGCUCUGCCCCUGCCCCCAUCCGAAACGAAAACUACACAGUGGGUUUGUUUUGAACAAUUUUGUAAAAUAGUGGAUCAUGGAGUUUUACUGAGAUGAAUUUGCUGAUAGGAGAAACGGAUUAUGGAUGAGAAUUAAGUUGAAUGAUCCACUCUUUUGCUUAAA